CAGCAGGCGGCCUCGUGGUGUGAGAGCAGAGGAGAGUGCGGUUGAACUCCCUCCACUCCGUCGCUCCCAAAUUUGACGCAUUCCUUUCCAGCCCAAAGUUUCCAAUUUUCCAACCCAGCGAGCGCUCCAACGAGACCUGCCCCGAUUCCAAGUCCAACCACCCCUAAAUUUCCACCUUCCCUGCUCCGCACUUGCCCAAUUUGUUUGUUUGGGCGAUCUUUUUCCGGCCGUCAACUCCUCUGCUCACCGGCGGAGGAGAAAAGGCGGCUCCUUGGCGGCGGGGAGAUCGAGUCUCCGGCGCCCAAUCUGAUCCGCGGUCAACUGAAUUGGGAAAAAGCCGCCUUCUUCUUCCUCCUCCUCCACCUCUUCUUUGAGAACGAGGAGCGGCGGGGGCGGUUGCCGAAGAAGCUUUACACCGAUCGGUGGUGGACAGGUCUGGCAUCCAUAACCAACAGUGCCCCAAGACCGAAGAGGAUGUGUGGGUUGUUAUAGGAGCAAAAGAUGAGAUGAACUUUGGAGGACAGGAGCCAGUGGGGACAAAGGCAUAAAGCACCAAAGGUAUCUGCUACCAUACCAAGGUGCGUGUUUGUUUGUGUGGGAUCCUAGAAGGGCAACAAGGAAUCAGCUUUGUUGCUGAAGCCUCAGAGAGACGAGGGGGCAGAGAUGGCGAAGAGGAGGAUGAAGAAGCUGCACGCCAAGGACGCGCUGGAGUUCUUCAACCAGGUCAUGGUGGAGCAGCCCUUGCUCCCGUUCCUGAUCCCGCUCGGCCUCUUCGCUUGGUUUCUCGAGCGCUGGGUCGUGCCCUUCUCCAACUGGGUUCCCCUCGUGGCCGCCGUCUGGGCGACCAUUCAGUAUGGGAGGUUUAAAAGAAAUAUGGCUAUUGAAGAUUUGAACAAAAGAUGGAAGCACCUGAUACUGAACACAACACCCACCACACCAAUUGAGCCUUGCGAGUGGCUGAACAAACUUUUGAUAGAAGUUUGGCCCAAUUACAUGGAACCGAAACUAUCAAGGAAGUUUCAAUCUACUGUUGAGAGACGUUUAAAGAGUCGAAGACCAAAAUUAAUAGAUAAAAUAGAAUUACAGGAAUUCUCACUGGGCUCGUGUCCACCUACCUUGGGAGAACAGGGCAUGCGAUGGAUGACUUCAGGUGAACAGCAAGUCAUGACCUUGGGUUUUGACUGGGACAGCAAGGAGAUGAGUGUAAUGUUUAUGGCGAAAUUAGCAAAGCCACUAAUGGGCACCGCUCGCGUUGUUAUAAACAGCAUCCACAUCAAGGGAGAUCUCCUACUAAGUCCCAUUCUUGAUGGUGAAGCUGUUCUCUAUUCUUUUGAAUCUACUCCAGAAGUCAGGAUAGGAGUAGCAUUUGGAAGUGGUGGAAGCCAAGCUGGUCCUGGUACGGAGUUACCGGGUGUCUCAACAUGGCUGGUAAAGCUUUUGACUGAAACCAUAGCGAAGACAAUGGUUGAGCCACGCCGUCUCUGUUUUUCUUUGCCACCAGUAGAUCUAAAGAAACAGGCAGUUGGUGGUGUUCUUUCCGUUACUGUUGUAUCAGCUAGUAAUCUUGGCAAAAAAGGCACAGCCAAUGAGUUAGGGAACCGACAAAGCUCAAGUGGAAGCACUACAUCUGGGACUGCUGAUAACAAGGUAGUACAUGCAUUUGUUGAGGUAGAAGUUGGCAAUUUGAUGAGAAAAACCGGUAAAUCUGAGGGUCCAAAUCCUACAUGGAAUAGCACAUUUAACAUGGUACUGCAUGGAGAGACAGGUGUUGUAAAGUUUCUUCUGUAUGAACUGGAUUCUGGUGGUGUUAACUUCAAUUACCUUACAAGCUGCGAGAUAAAGGUCAAGUAUGUGCUAGAUGGUUCGACAAUAUUUUGGGCUAUAGGGCACAAUUCUGGUGUGGUUGCAAGGCAUGCUGAGAACUGUGGGAAAGAAGUUGGAAUGGUGGUUCCAUUUGAGGAUAAUACAGGCGAGUUAACUGUCAGCCUUGUGCUAAAUGAAUGGCAAUUCGCUGAUGGGUCUGUUACAGUAAGCAAGUCUCUGAGCAAUGGAUUUCAGAGUUCUCUUGAUGGAUCGCCCAAGCUUCAACCUAGGACAGGAAGCACGCUCAGAGUGAAAGUAUUGGAGGGUAGGGCCCUUGCAGUAAACAGUAAAUCUGGGAAAUGUGAUCCUUAUGUGAAGCUCCAGUAUGGAAAGGCUCUGUACAGAACAAAGACGCUCUCUCGUACAGCCCAACCAGUUUGGAAUGACAAGUUUGAGUUUGAUGAGAUUGCUGGUGGUGAAUAUCUGAAGAUCAAAUGCUAUAAUUUAGAUACAUUUAGUGAUGACAGCAUUGGUAGUGCAAGAGUAAAUCUGGAGGGACUUCUAGAUGGUGCUAGCCGAGAUGUUUGGGUACCACUUGAAAAGGUAGAUUCAGGAGAGAUCAGGCUCGAAAUAGAGCGAAUACAAAAUGAUCAGAAUGACAAUCUGAAGAGAUCAAGCAGUAAAGUUGAAGCUGGGUGGAUUGAGCUAGUCAUAAUUGAAGCCAGGGAUCUUGUUGCUGCUGAUCUGAGAGGAACUAGUGAUCCUUAUGUCAGGUUGCAUUAUGGGAAUAACAAGAAGCGAACCAAGGUCAUCUACAAGACACUGUCUCCGCAGUGGAACCAGACAUUUGAGUUUGCGGAGACCGGAGAACCCCUGAUCCUGCAUGUCAAGGACCAUAAUGCGGUCCUUCCGACCGCCAGCAUAGGCAACUGCACGGUCGAGUACAGCAUGCUCUCUCCGAACGAACCCGCCGAUAAGUGGAUACCACUGCAAGGAGUGCGGAGCGGAGAGAUCCAUGUGAAGAUUGUGCGGAGAGUUGCGGACUCAGGGAAGAAAACCAGCCUAGAGACAGAUGUGUCGGCCCUUGGCAAAGGACACAAUAUAUCAGCACAGAUGCGGGACAGCUUGAAGAAAUGUGCGGGCCUGGUUGACGAAGGCGGCGACACGGAGGCGAUGUCGUUGGCCUUGACGGAGGUGGAGGGCGUCCAGGACGAGCAGGAAGUGUACAUCCAGCAGCUGGAGCGGGAGAAGGCCGCGCUCCUGCGGAAGAUAAGCGAGCUUGGUUCAGAAAUCGUCAGGUCAUCCUCCGGGCCUGCAAGGAUGCCCUACUAGUUAGAUCGACAAUUGUAGUACUCCACGAACAAGUUGGCGAAGUGCUAAUGAAUUUUCGUAGAACUAUAUAUAUGUAAUUUAUCAGUGGUUUACUUGUAAGUAAGUAGACGGUUAGGAAACAAUGGAGAAAUUAUAACGUGGCGACGCCCUUAAAGUUGUAUAAAGUUCAUUGAAAAUGACUUGUAAAUUUUCAAAAAGAAUCUCAAAUCAUUUUGUCGUA